AUGACCCGCUCUGUCGGAAUCUUCUCGGUUGUCAAGUACAAGAACCUGAGCUUCAUCAUCAUGGACUGCCCCACCAGCCGCAACUGCGAUGCCUAUAUCACGGAGCUCCAGGCUCGCAACGUCAAGGCCGUUGUGCGACUCUGCGAAUCGACGUACAGCGACGAGGCUGUCGCCGCGCAUGGCAUCGCCGUCCACGAUCUGUUUGUCCCCGAUGGUGGCAUCCCCUCGGAUGAAAUCAUCGGCUCGUUCCUGGGCCUCUGCACUGCCCAGUUUGGCGCCCUUGGCGACGACACCCUCGGCGAGCCCAAUCACUCCGUUGCCGUCCACUGCAUCGCCGGCCUCGGCCGUGCCCCCGUCAUGGUCUGCAUUGCCUUGAUCGAGGCCGGCAUGGACCGCAUCGAGGCCGUCGAGGCUGUCCGCAAGGCUCGUCGCGGCGCCCUCAACUCGGUGCAGUGCCGCUAUCUGACCGACGACUAUGUUGUCCGUUGCGCCAAGAAGAGCGUCGGCGUCAAGGCUCUCUUUGGCAAGUGGAAGGCAGCCCUUCCCACCAACAAGGUCUUCCAGAAGAAGUCGCCUGUUGUGGUUGCCUGAGGGAAAUGACAGAUACCUUCCUUCUCUUUGUGUUCGGAGUCGAGGUCUUUGAUUGCCUCGACCCGCUUCUUCUGUCUUGUAUCCGCGCUUUGGUCCUCGUCAUGCUCCAUCAUAUCGCUCGUGCUCCCGGUGCUGCGAC